AUGCCAAUUAGUGAGAGUAUCGAUAUUCUUGACCAAAAGACUAUAACUUCUGAGGUGGCUGCUUCGGUAACCUCGAAAUAUCUGCAAAGCACGCUUUCUAAAAGUAAUACAAGUGAUAUUGAGGACGAGAGAUUUAUUCACGUUAGUUCGCGCUCUCACUCAAGGUUUAGUUCCAGCUCUUCAACUCCUAAUGAAGUGCUUUCUUUGAAAUUCCAUGUUUCGGGCUCGUCAAUGGCAUACAGUAGAAUGGAUGGCUCUUUAACCGUUUGGUUCAUCAAAGAUGCAAGUUUCGACAAAUCCGUCAAGAUUUAUAUUCCAGACUGUUGCGGUUCUGAUAAGCUGGCCACUGAUUUGUCUUGGAACCCUACUUCUUUGAAUCAAUUGGCCGUCGUGAGUAAUUCAUCGGAGAUAUCCUUACUUUUGAUCAAUGAAAUGACGCUAAAGGCGUCUAAAUUAAGAACUUUGUCAUUGGGAAGUAAGACUAAAGUUAACGCUUGUCUUUAUGAUCCGUCAGGAAAUUGGUUAUUAGCUGCAACGAAAUCUGAGAGGAUUUAUCUGUUUGAUGUUAAGGAGGACCACAGCCUUCUUUGUUCUUUGAAUGUUAGCAACACAAGUCCUAAUGAUAGCGACAUUAUUUAUUCCAUAGAAUGGAGCAAUGCUGGAAGUUAUAUAUUUAUUGGUUUCAAGAGCGGUUAUUUGGUCAUUUUGAAUGCAAAGGACGGCAUGUUAAGAGUUUCCAAUACGAUUAAAGCACAUAGCGGUUCCAUAACCGGUAUCAAGAUGGACCCAUGGGGAAGAUAUUUUAUCACUGGUAGCAGUGAUGGGAACUGUUACAUUUGGAGUACAAAGUCACUAUGUUGCGAAUUGAUAAUUAAUGACUUAGACUCUGCAGUAAUAACAUUGGACAUCUGUCAUUUGGGUAAAAUACUAGCGAUUUGCACGGAGGGUGAAAUGGUGUAUUUCUACGAUAUUAACGAUGGUAAAUUGCUUCAAUCCAAAUCUUUGGCAAACUAUAAGUCUGACCUGGUUUUGAAAUUUUAUCCGAACAAAUCAUGGUAUAUUAUGUCAGGCAAGAAUGAUACUUUGUCGAACCACUUUCUUAAGAACGAAAAAAAUCUUAUAACGUAUUGGAAAGACUUGUACAAUAGCGCUAUAAUCGAAAAACGUAGGAAAAAUAACGGCAUCAGUAGCAAUCAUAGCAAAACGGCUGGCAAAAACAACGAUAGAAUUGCCAAAGAUAGGCCAAGUAGGUUCAAUUCACGAAAAUAG